AUGGAGCCACUUGUUGCACUCCUGCAUAUGGUAAUGGCCAUCAUGACUUUCUCUAAAGCCAAUGAGACUGUAUGUCAUCUGCGUGGAGAGCCUGCAUAUCCUCAGCUGUGGAAAGAUGGAGACAUUGUACUUGGAGGGGUUUUUUCCUUCCAUAGCAGCUGGGAGGUCAGACAGCUGGCGUAUACAGUUACUCCACCUCCACUGGAGUGCAUCAAUCUUAAUUUCAGGGACUUCCAGUAUGCGCAGUCAAUGCUCUUCGCUAUAGAGGAGAUUAACAACAGCACCACUUUGCUGCCAGGGGUCUCGUUGGGCUACAAGAUCUACGACACAUGUGGCUCUGUGGCUGUGGGGGUUAAGGCAGCUAUGGCCCUUGCUAAUGGGUUUGAGAAAACAUCAGUUGAAGGACCCUGCACAAAGCAAUCUGAGGUGCAAGCCAUCAUAGGAGACACAACCUCAUCAGCUUGCAUGGCAAUAACAAAGAGUAUCGGACCUUUUAAACUUCCAUUGAUCAGUCAUUAUGCCACUUGUGAGUGUCUCAGUGACAAAAUUAAAUAUCCUUCAUUUCUUCGAACUAUUGCAAGUGAUUACGUUCAGAGCAGAGCACUGGCAGAGCUUGUAAGACACUUUGGUUGGACCUGGGUGGGAGCCUUAAGAACAGAUGAUGAUUAUGGUAACAGUGGAAUGGCCACUUUCACUAAAGUCGCUGAGCAGAUGGGCAUCUGUCUGGAAUAUUCUCUCCCGUUUUUCAGAACGUAUCCAGAAGACAAAGUAAUGCGAAUAAUUGAGCAGAUUAAAAGCUCUACUUCUCGAGUAAUUGUGGGAUUUCUUGCUCACUGGGAUUUGGAAGUUCUGCUGCAUAAAUUUGUUGAACACAACAUCACAGGAUUUCAGUGGGUGGGCACAGAGGCCUGGAUCUCAGAUUCAGUCAUUGCCAGUAUGGAUAAGCAUCAUAUUUUACAAGGGGCCAUUGGGUUGGCUAUUCCCAAAACACAGGUGACAGGUCUAAAAGAAUUUAUUCUAGAUAUAAAGCCAUUGAAAUCAUCAGGUAGUGCCAUUUUCAGUGAGCUUUGGGAAGCUUUGUUUGAGUGUAAAUACUCCAGUAAAAAUGAUUCAACAUUCACAACUGAAUGUACAGGAAAUGAAGAACUUUCUCAGGUGCAAAACCUAUUCACAGACAUGUCACUCAUGCCCAUCUUCAGUAAUGUGUAUAAAGGAGUCUAUGCUGCUGCUCAUACACUUCAUGACCUUCUGGGCUGCAAGGACAAAUGCGCCACAAAGAAACAGCCUGACCCUUCAACAUUUCUGAAGCACCUGAGAAAAGUGCGUUUCAAAACCAAAGAUGGUGAGCAAGUUUACUUUGAUGAAAACGGAGAUCCAGUUGCAAAAUAUGAGAUAAUAAACUGGCAACCAAGUAAAAAACAACACUACGAUUUUGUUACUGUUGGACUUUAUGAUGCCUCUUUCCACGGGUUGGAACGUUUAGCUGUGAAUAUGACUUCAAUUUUAUGGACAAAAAAUUCUGCACAGGUGCCUGUGUCUGUGUGCAGUGAGAGUUGUGCUCCUGGCACUAGAAAGGCUGUGCAGAAAGGAAGACCUAUAUGUUGUUAUGACUGCAUACCAUGCACAGAAGGUGAAAUCAGCAACACUACAGAUUCUGUAACAUGUCUGCGAUGCAAUGAAGACUUUUGGUCAAAUCUACAAAACAAUGGAUGUGUUCAGAAGGAGACUGAAUAUUUGUCUUAUGAGGAGAUCAUGGGAAUUUUGCUCACAACUAUUUCUAUUUUUGGUGCAUUUACAACAAUGAUAACCGCAGUCAUAUUCUUCAGAUAUAAAAACACUCCUAUCGUAAAAGCCAACAAUUCUGAAUUAAGCUUCCUACUUUUAUUUUCCUUAAUGCUGUGUUUUCUCUGUUCACUUACUUUUAUUGGUCGCCCCAGUGAGUGGUCCUGUAUGUUGCGUCACACAGCGUUUGGGAUCACUUUUGUCCUCUGUAUCUCCUGUGUUCUGGGAAAAACAAUAGUGGUAUUAAUGGCAUUCAGGGCCACACUUCCAGGAAGUAAUGUCAUGAAAUGGUUUGGGCCUCCUCAACAACGACUAAGUGUCCUUGGAUUCACAUUUAUACAAGUUCUUAUCUGUGUGCUUUGGCUAACAAUAUCUCCUCCUUUUCCCUUUAAAAAUUUAAAAUACUUUAAAGAAAAGAUCAUAUUAGAAUGUAACGUGGGAUCAGCUGUAGGUUUCUGGGCUGUGUUGGGUUAUAUUGGACUCCUUGCUAUUUUGUGUUUCUUUUUAGCUUUCCUGGCUCGGAAACUACCUGAUAACUUCAAUGAAGCUAAAUUCAUCACAUUCAGUAUGCUCAUAUUCUGUGCUGUAUGGAUCGCUUUUAUUCCAGCUUAUGUUAGUUCACCAGGAAAAUUCACUGUGGCUGUGGAGAUUUUUGCUAUAUUGGCAUCCACAUAUGGAUUGUUAUUUUGCAUCUUUAUUCCUAAAUGCUAUAUAAUAUUAUUGAAACCUGACAAAAAUUCAAAAAAACAUUUAAUGGGCAAAGUGCCCUCAUAA